AGCAAAGUUAUGCGACUGUAUGUCAACGCCUUUUUGUUGUUAUUUUUACCAAACGGCAUCAAUUCGGUGGCUAAAUUUCAGGUUGAAUCCGUGUCUUCAAACUCUUUGGUAAUUUCGAUGACUGACGUUGCUAAUGUUACCAAGGUAAACAUGAAUGUUAAACUGUUUGAUCUAAAUCAACGUCGAAUCUAUCGUGAAACUUCGCUGUACAAAGCUCAAAGCAAUCAGCUGUUUUCGUUUGAUCAACUGAUUCCGAGAACGUGGUUUGCUCUUCGGAUUCUUUAUCUUCCGUUCUACCAUAAUCGACCAGCCAAGGAACCGCUGAAACAAGUCUGA